GAUUAUGAAGAAGCUGUGCUCUUGCUAUUAGAAGGCACUGCCUGGGAAGAGGCUCUAAGGCUGGUAUACAAAUAUAACAGACUGGAUAUUAUAGAAACCAACGUAAAGCCUUCGAUUCUAGAAGCCCAGAAAAAUUACAUGGCAUUUCUAGACUCUCAGACAGCCACAUUCAGUCGCCACAAGAAACGUUUGUUGGUAGUUCGAGAGCUCAAAGAGCAAGCACAGCUGGUGAAUCUGAAUAAUGAGGUGCCCCAUGGUCAAGAGUCAGACCUCUUCUCUGAAACUAGCAGUGUUGUGAGUGGCAGUGAGAUGAGUGGCAAAUACUCCCACAGUAACUCCAGGAUAUCAGCGAGAUCAUCCAAGAAUCGCCGAAAAGCAGAACGGAAGAAGCACAGCCUCAAAGAAGGGAGUCCUCUGGAGGAUCUGGCCCUUUUGGAGGCACUGAAUGAAGUGGUACAGAACACUGAAAAACUGAAAGAUGAAGUAUACCAUAUUUUAAAGGUACUCUUUCUCUUUGAGUUUGAUGAGCAAGGAAGGGAAUUACAGAAGACCUUUGAAGACACCCUGCAGCUGAUAGAAAAGUCACUUCCAGAAAUUUGGACUCUAACCUACCAGCAAAAUUCAGCCACACCUGUUCUAGGUCCAAAUUCUACUGCGAAUAGUAUCAUGGCUUCUUAUCAACAACAGAAGACUUUGGUUCCUGUUCUUGAUGCUGAGCUUUUCAUACCACCAAAGAUCAACAGAAGAACCCAGUGGAGACUGAACUUGCUCGAGUGACUGACCACAGUUAGGAGGGCUCUGAUGGAGGAGGAGGCUGUUUUCUACUUGUUCCUAGUUGUCAUUCCACUCUUGCUCUUUGAGGGCUGGCUGUGGAAAAAUGAGAGGAUGAUUUGCCUUGGCAUUGCCAAGAACUGCUGUGUGCACCAGACCUCAGCAGACAUCAGGCAAUUUUAUGUUUUGUGGAAACAUCCUAAUCAUAAGCAAAUGUAAAACUUUAACCAGUAAACAUCAUUUUGUGAGAAGUAUUCUCUUCUUUGUGCUAUUUGAGAGCAUAUUUAUGGUCAUCGUGAGAUUGGGUUUUUUCCCCAGCUACAGGUCUGAUUCAUAUUUGGACCUUGGACAAGUCACAGUUGAUUUGUGCCUCAGCUUUUCAUCUGUUAAUUGGGAAUAAUGUUUUGUGGUUUCUACCUCAAAAGUGUGAAGACAAGUAAAAUAAUGUUUCUAAACAUUAUGUUGCUGAAGGAGAGGAUUAUAUAUGUAACAACAAUGGCUACUAGUGCUACAUUUGGUCAGAUGUAAUCAUUUGAAUGGCUUCCUUUCACCUUAAACUAAAGCAGAAUAAAAAGUAUUCUUUGAAA